UUGUUUGUGUGGUGGUCUAAGCUUUGUAUCAAAAAACUGUUUGGUUUUUUGGUUUUGUUAUGAGGCAUCCAUCAUUAGGGUGCUAUUCUUGUUGUAUUUGGAUUCACCAUACUCUGAGCGGUUUGUUGCUGGUUGGUAUUUAAUAGGCUAUUCUGUUUUUUCUGGAGUACCGCUUUUACUGGGGAAACUGUUUCGAUCACACAGAGAUUUUUGUUAUUUUAGCAUUGCUGUUUACAACGAAGAUACCUUGGGGGUUAUAGGUGUAUAUCGGGUGUCUUCCUUUUUAUUUCCUGAUGUGGUGAGUUUAACACUUUAUACGUUCUUUGUUGUUUUGUUUUGUAUAUUGUGUUUUUUUUCUUCGUUAGUUGAACUGGAUGGAAAGCGCUGGUUGGCCUUUCUAAGAUUAUCCCACAUGGCAGUAGUGUUGUUAUGUUUUGUGUGUUAUUCUGGGCUUGGCUACUCAGCUAUGGCACUAUUUGGACUUAGCCAUGGAAUGUCUUCUGGGUUUCUUUUUUUGGUGGUAGACGAAAUGUUUUAUAUUUUGGUUGAUGCUUCAACACGUCAUGUUGGGUUUAUUAUUAAAAAUAGUAAUCUAAUUAGGGUGUUUUUAGUUUAUUUAUUUUUGAGCAGAUUAAUUCCAAUAAUAUUGUUUGGUUUUGGUUUUAUACGACGUAUGGGUGUUGAUAAAUUUAAAAGAUUUAUGUUUUCAAGGGUAGUUUCUAUGUUAAGUUUGAUAGUUUUUCCAUUAAUAAUUUCGUUGAUUUAA